GGCGGUGGCACAUUUGGUGGUAGGAGACGCCUGCAGGGUCCUACGCGGCACUUCGUAAUUUACGUUACCACAGAGGUUCGUAGCCACUACAAUUGUGCUGGCGACGGAGGAAACGUACAAUUGUGCUGGCGACGGAGGAAACGUACGCUGCACAGAGACCUCCCACAGCACUUUGACGAUAAAAAGUAACAGCAGCCUCCUAUCCGCCCACUGUCGAGGCACCGGGGUCACCGACGCCGGCGGUAGUACGAGCGCACUCGAGAAAACGUAAAUGUGUGUGUCUGAACGACGCGGUGAAUAGUACGUUGGCGUGUUUCCAGGAUGGAUGGCAGGUGCUUUGGCGCGCACUCGGCUUGUUUGGGGCUUUCAUUCAGUGGACAACAGAACGUAGGCCGCCACCACAGUGUGUUAACGAGAUGGACGGGGUGGACAGUUUAGGGUGAAUGCAUGAGACCCCCGAAAUCCCUGCUGUCUCGAAGUCCCAACGACCGUCCGACCCUGGUGGUAUCUCGGCGUCUCUGCUGCGGGAAGCGCUGUAGAGACGCCUACACUGGAGAUUCUGGUUGAAAAGGUCGUCUAAGGGGCACCGUUAUUGCAGUGCCCUCAACGACCAAAUAAACUCACUGCCGCGAACCGAAUGUACACGUGACGGGCCUAGAUACAAAUCUCGAAAGCUGAAUGAUUCGAACAGGCCUAAAUGUACAAUUGGGACUUGGUAUCUAGAUACUUACAGCUGGAAAUCUGCUAUACUUCAAGCGUUGCUCCUUCUGUCCGUCGCCGUCGCAACUCGCGCUUUUCACGGGACAAGGGCGACGGUACUCCACAGUAACUCGGUGUUCUCGAAUCUGGAAGUGCUACGACGUAGACGAACAACAGAGAGACAAGACACCAUGUGCUGUAGCAUUAUAUCUUCCUUGGCAAAGUGUUAACUUGACUGUCUCGUCAGUGUGACGCUGCAACGUCGCCUUCUGUUAGUAACGGUUUUGUGUGUUCGCGGCCGCACGGCGACUGUUGCGGCCUUCAAUGAAGCUUGUGCUGUUCUUGUGGUUCCCACUGGCGGCUGGCGUUGUUCUACUCAGCUUAGGAUUGGCGUGGCGAGUCCCUUCACGUUUCCUCACAGUUCCGAGUACAAAGGAUUGUGGUGUGAUCUUCCUGCCCAAUAACCCGCCCGGUGGAGUCGAGGAUUCGAUAUGAAGUUAUUCCGUCCGGUUUACGCGCUCCUGGCUCUACCAGGAGGCGCGUUGGCGGCAAACUACGAUUUCUUUGUUCUUGGGCAACCAGCAGGAAAUGGCAAUCUUCAGUCAACCGGAGACACCUCUGUGGAUCCAGCGGGCGAGCGGGAAGGGAAGCCAAACGAGUCCAGGUCAAAAGACCUCGAACAAGGAUCAACGGGACCGGAUUAUAAUGUGUACUACCCGAGAAAGCAAUCUACACAUUUGCUGCCUGCUGUGCAACAAUAUUCCUUAAAGGCGUCCCCUUGUGCUGGAGAAGGUGCGGGACAGUACAUUCCAUCUUUGUCGCAGAGCCCCUCACAGCCACUGCAACAGUAUGCGCCAGUGCAUUCGACCGGAGAAGCCCUAGGUGGAUCCGAAGCGUCAUGGAAACUUCCACCACAUAAGGCAUCAACGGAAACCACCUUGUCUCAACCUUCGUCCAGCAGUGAAAUGGAAACGCUGUCGCAGACAAAUCCACAACAGUUCAUACCCGUAUACGGAGGCAAUUUGCUGCAACCACGCCCACGGCUGCCUGGGUGUGACCUUGACCUGCCUGAGCCGCAAAAGCAGAAAGGGUGCCUCGUUCACAGCGAGCUCAGACCCUCAAUAAUUCUCAUUCACUCGGGAAGCGACCGCGACGGUUCUGGCAAAGGAAAGAGGGAACGUCGGAGGAAACGUCGGAUGCGUCACCAACCCGUUGACACCACAAUAGACGAAACCAUCGCGGAAGGGAAACCGCCAGUGAGCUUGAAGGGGUUUAAGACGUUUGCUUCAAGUUUAGCGGCGGCGGCACUGGGAUUUCCGUAUAUUGCUGGGGCGUUGUCCUUCUUGGCUUGGUGGCGUCUGCUCAGUUCGAUGGAAGAACUGGGAAGACAAGAGGAACAAAGGCUUGCGAGACAGCGGCAACGUCGCCGGAAAAAACGUGAAAAUUUGCCAGGGGCGGAGGUGAAAGCGACAGAAAGUUUUUGAGCAGCAAAGAUAUCCGGUGGCUCUAUGCUCGAACCGGGGACCGGCGUCACCGUGUGUCUGUAUCCGCUGUCUCUGCGAGUUCUAGAGUGAAUCCGCGGGGUACGUUUUUGAGGCAGUUUGUCUUCCCAGAAUAUAGAGCAGCAAAGGCGUCUUACUUUGCUGUGUCAAAGUACGGGCGUUCGUAUUGUGUGGACGGAAGGGCUCUGGGUUCAUUCGUCAGUUGUAUACCUCCUUUUAGGAUGACUGGAUACGCAGUAUGCCUGUCACCUGAACAAAGUUCCUGCCCAGAGCGUGGAUUGGAAGUGUCGAAACAAUCGACAGUCGAUUUACACCCCUCAUUGCUAAUGUGCCUUCAUUCGACUCUAUGAGCAAUCCUCCCGUUCCACCGUCGCUGUUAUGUUCGUCGUCUUUUUCCGAGAGUCAUCGACUUGCUCAUUGCGGUGUCAUGUGCAUGAUCCACUGACCAUCUUGACAAUUAUUGCACUGAAGGGCAGCGGGGUUGCACAUCUGCGCGUGACAAGAACUCUUACGCUUCAACUGAGCGAGGAACCAACAACUAGGAGGCUUCGCCCCCCUGACUCUCCCAC